UAAUCUAACUAGUUUGAUGCUUUGCUUUGGCAUAAUGGAAAAGCCGACAAUCGGGUAGUGUUAAGACACGUGGUUGUUCUCAUUCCAGUUUGAGAAUAUUUGAAAUAUCUUUUGGUUGCUGCAUUGCUUUUUACAGUUGAAGCAUUUCAAAAAUAAGAAUUAUAAAAAAAAACAGCAAAGUGUGUGCGAGUGGUGUAAGUUAAGAAAAAUAUUUAAAGAAAUAAGUAGAUAGUUUAGUACUUCUUAUUGAAAAGAAGAAAAAAAGAACAGUACAAAUCUCAGUUGCGGAAAUAUAAUUUGUAUUAAACAAUGGAGAAUAAUCGAGAACCACGUUGGAUUAUGAAAGAAUAUGAAAAUUUUGAGGAAUAUAUGUGUAAUACGACAGACAGAUCAACGGUGCUGGAGAAAUUUGUAAAGAACCUGAAAAUAAAUAUAGUUCAAGAACAAGAUCAAGAAAUAGAAUUUGAUAUAAUUGGCUGUCAUACUUCACUAGCUAAUGCAUUUCGCAGGAUAUUACUGAGUGAAGUACCAAGUAUGGCUAUUGAGAAGGUUUAUAUCAUAAAUAAUACUAGCUUGAUUCAAGAUGAAGUACUUGCACAUAGAUUGGGACUUGUACCUCUUCGUGCAGAUCCUAGAUUAUUCGAAUAUUCUUCAAACGACAAAAAAAUAGAUGAGACAGUCAAUGAUAAUGAUACUCUAAGAUAUGAGUUGAAAGUUACGUGCAGUAUGAAUCCACAAGCACCUAAGAAUUCUCGUCUUCCAGAGGAUAUGUACAAAAAUAGCAAAGUUUACAGUAAGGACAUUAAAUGGAUACCAAUAGGCCGUCAAGCAGAGAAAUUUAAAGCGGAACAAAUUGGUAUUUUAGAAAACGACAUAUUAAUAUGUAAAAUGCGUCCUGGUCAUGAGAUUCAUUUGUUUAUGCAUGCAGUUAAAGGCAUCGGCAAAGAUCAUGCCAAAUUUUCUCCCGUAGCUACUGCAUCAUAUCGCCUCUUACCGGUCAUUCAGCUAAUCAAACCCGUGAGAGAUGAAGACGCGGAUCUUUUGAAGAGCUGUUUCAGCCCCGGCGUGAUAGAAGUAGUAGAACAUGAGACAAAUUCAGGUCAGAAGUACCGAGAGGCGCAUGUUAAAAAUGCUCGUUACGAUAGUUGUUCCAGAAACAUUUAUCGUUAUGAUCAGCUAAAGAAUUGUGUGGAAAUGAGUCGGAUAAAGGAUCAUUUUAUCUUCACCAUAGAAUCUGUGGGAACAUUAUCAUCGGCCGUACUAUUCACAGAAGCUGUUAAAGUACUCCAGAGUAAGUGUAAAUCAUUUCUCGCAGAGCUAGCAGACAUAGGAAAAUAAAUUUAAGCAAAAUAAUUUCCUUGAUGAGACAAAGAUUGAGAGAUGAAAAAAGUGACAUCUAAAAUUUAUCGCCGAGUACUUGCCCUUGUGGACAGCAAUAACAAGAUUGUGCAAGUAAAUCAGUGCCAAUUGAUAAUAUAUAUUUAAAUUAACGAUUUAUUUUUAGAAAUUGGUUAAUAAAAUUACUUCAUUGAAAUUUA